CGUGGUGUGACUGCAGUCGUGUUACUGUUCGCCUUGGGGCUUUCAGAUUAGGCAUAAUAAUUCCUUUGACAGACGAAGGAGAAAAAAUGGAAGGCAACAUACAAAUAGCUAACGCCGAAGAUGAGGAGCCAAGCUCAAGGGAAUAUAAUGAGGGGAAUAGAAUAUUAGAUGAAUGCCGUAUCUCCUGUGGUCCCCUCCUUCAAGCUGCCAUGAAAGGUGAUUGGGAGGCUGCUAACGCUUUUCUUAAUGAACACCCGAACUGCGUUCAACUUCCCAUAACGAUGGAGAAAGCGACAGUACUUCACAGUGCAGCGGCUGCAAAACACGCCAAUUUUGUAGAAGAAGUGUUGAAAUGGAUGACUCCGGGCGACUUGGAAUUGAAAACAAUAGAUGGAGACACGGCCCUUCACGUCGCUGCUCAAACAGGAGAAGUGAAAAUUGCUAAGGAGAUGGUGGAAAAGAACAAUGAACUGCCGUUGAUCCAUAACGACAAAGGAAUGAUACCACUUCACGCUGCAGCUUAUAAAAGAGAUAGAAAGAUGGUCGAUUUUCUAUUCUCUGACUCCGUCACUCCUUUUCAACGUUUGAUUACUCCUCAACGCAUUGAACUCCUUCUUCAUAUUGUUUCCGCUGGUUUUUACGAUAUAGCAUUGGAAAUUCUGGAAAAAGAUCCGAGCUUAGCAACUGCCAACACUGCCGACGGUGCUUGUGGGCGAAGAGCUUUGGAAGAGUUGGCAAGAAAAUCUUUUGCAAUAAGCAGCAAAAGUGAACUAUCAUCCUGGAAAAAACGCUUAAAUUCCUGUUAGUUUCUCGAUCUCGGGCCAACCCAAACUGCUUUAAUUGCAUGAUACGUAUAGAGAACGUACAUUAAUUGCCCAAGUAGCUGCUUAAUUAAAUAUUUUAUUACAUUAAUCAUAAUUGGAGGUCGCCCGAAUUCUAUCAAAUUCGGGCAAAGAAUUUGAGGGGAUCCUGAUCCUGUACGUACUCCCUAAACUAUGAGAAUUUCGGAUCGAAUUAUGUAUUUAAUUAAUAAUAUCUGAUAUUUUAUCAAUCUAUUAUAUUGCAAUACUACUACUUAA